UGGUCUGUUGGACGGAUGGUCAUUUUUGGAUUUGCAGUAUAUGUAAUGGAUGGAUAGAAAAGUUUGACCGUGUAUGUAGACGUUUUAAAUUCAAUAAUAGUCUGCUUUUUUAUAAAUCAAAUUACCUCAUGUGUAUUUAAAAUGUCCGACAAAUCUAUUUUAGACCAAAUCAAACAUUAUCAGAGGGAUAUAAUCAAAUCGCCUGACGACUCAAAACGGAUGCUCAGAUGCAUCGAAAGACUUACAGUAUUACCAGUGACAAUAGGACAUUUACAAGAAACUGGAGUGGGACGUUCAGUGAACGAACUUAGGAAAUGUGGUGGGGAAGUUGGAGCUGCUGCAAGUGCAUUAGUGGCAAAAUGGAAAAAUAUGGUGGUGAAAGAAGAAGAGAACGAAGAGGAAGAAAGUGCUUCAGAGUCUGAUGCUGAAACUAACGAGUCAAAGGAUCACCAUUCACCUCCUCGUGGUGUUGAAAUCGAUAAGAAACUCAAACCAGUUAGUAAUAAUGAAGAUUAUAAAAAAAUAGUUUCCAGUCAAAGUUCAAAUAAAAAACAUGAAUCAUCGAGAUCAGACAGUAGAUCAUCAAGAAGUUCUGAUCACAGAACUUCCAUUAAGUCUGAUCACAAGUCACACAGAAGUGAUUCGGUUAAGUCAAGCGGUAGUGCCUCGGAUUCGAAACAUAGCUCAUCUCAUAAGUCUAAAAUAGAAUAUGACUCACGAUCCCAUAAAAAACCCCAUUCAAGUCACAAAUCUGAGUCAGAAGUUAAUGGAAAAGUCACCAAGGAAAAAUCACAUUCAAAAGAAAAGACGGAUAAUGUUAAGCAUAGUAAAUCAAGUUCUGUUUCGAGUUGUUCCGACAGUAAAAACGUAGAUACAAAACUAAAAUACUCAAAGGAUAAGCAUAGGACUGAAGAUCACUCAAGUAGAAAUACCUCUAGUAAUUCCAUACCUAGUACUUCAAAAAAAUAUGAUUUAAAGAAAAUUGACUCUGAUACUAGUGAUGAUGAAAAUGUUUAUAAACCUAGUAACAAAAAAAGGAAAAAGUCUGACUCAGAAGAAGAGGAGAAAUACAGCAGUAAAUAUAGCAAAAAGCCAUUUAAUAAUGAAUUUCUUAAGAAAAGAAAGCAUGAUAGUUCAGAAGAGAGUGUCGAAAGUGAUUCUGAUGAAGACACGCAUGUUAAUGGUGGAUCGGUAAAAUUGGAUUCACACAACUCUGAAAGUGAGAUGUCAAAUAGAAGUGCAGAAGAUAAUCCGAGUGAUAAUGAGGUAAACGAUGACAGAAGCUCAUCUCAAGGAACUGAUCAUGAAAGGAGUCCAUCCGAAAGAAAUAGUGACUCUGGUGGAAGUGAAGAAGUGUCCGAACCAGAAGAGUAUGUUCCAGUAAAAAUUAAAAGAGAGAAAGAGAGUCCACCAAAGUAUUCAAAAUCUUCCGAUAGUGAAAAAAGAAAAUCAAGUAGUGGAAAAAAUAGUCAUAGUUCAAGUAAUGUUAAAAAUUAUAGUCCAAGUAGUUUAGUUAUAAAAAAAGAAAAGGACUUUGAAGAUGUAAAAAUUAAGAAAGAGAAGAUUGAUAAGGACAAUGUCAAGCCACAAAAACAAAAGGAGGAAAAGACUUCAAGUGAUAAGAGAAGUCAUAAAUCAAGUAGCUCACACUCUGGGAGUUCAAGUAAAAAUGACAGUAAGACUGACAAAAAAGCUAAAGUUAAAAUAGAGAAGAAAGAAGAUGGUAGCAUUGAUUGUGAAUCUGGAGCUAGUUUCGGUGAUGCACUCUUAGGAUUAUCUGAAACUAAAAAGAAACCAGUUAAAAGGAAACCUACCACACCCAGUCAGGAAAGAUCUCCUAAGCCUGUUGAUAGAAGUUUAUCAAAGCCAAAAACUUCUUCUAGAUCAGAUUAUCGCCCUUCAUCAACAGGAGGAUCAUCAUCGUCAUCAAAAUCACUAGUUAAAGAGCCGGAUCUAUUGUCAAAGAAUAUAAAGUUGGAACCUCUAGAUGUGGACCUGAAGUCUACACUGCCAGAGAUCACACCUCACUACAAGCCUCUGCCUCACUACUCUCCUCCCAGCAGUCCAGUCACCAAGAGAUCUAAACUCUGGACUGAGGAAGAAGCUCUCAGUACUAUAAUGGCAACAAAAAAUCAAAGGACGAAAGUCUACUCUGGAAAUAAAACUGGAUAUACGAAAGUUCCUUCACUGUUUGAUUUAUGCAUCCAGGUGUUACGAGACAAUAUUGAAGCCCUGGAGUACACCGGAGGAGUUCCGUACGAUCUACUUAAACCAGUACUGGACCGAGCAACAGCUGACCAGCUCUAUCAGUUGGAGCACUACAAUUCCUAUCUCAUUGGGGAUACAGAUGGCCUUUGGGAGUUCCACUGCAACAAGGACUUCAGAGGCAAGAAGCCCGACGAGUACGAGACGUGGAGAGAGCUGUACCUGCGAUUACUGGACGAAAGAGAAAAGAAGUUGGAAGCCCUGAAAGCUAACAUAUCACAAUCCAUGGCCAAGUCGACACCGAUCAGACAAACCAAGUUAGCUUAUGUGGACAGUGUCGUCAAGCCUCCUAGAAAUGUCGCAAGGAAGCAGAUGAAGUUCGGCACCCAGAAAGCAGUGAAGCACGAACUCGUGUCCAAGGCAAUGGUGGGGGCGGCGGGGGCCUCCAGCAGUUCCCCCGCCCCUGACGUGGUUCCUGUUCCUUCCCCCGGACCAUCGCGGUCCAGGUCGGACUUCCCCAUACCUAACUUUUUAAAAAAGAAGAAAGCUCCGUUAAUGGCUAAAGCAUUACAACUGAUCAAAGGCAACCGGUUCAAGAGGUGAUAAUACUUGACGGCUAAAGUUACGCAACUACCAAAAGGCUGAUUGCAUCACACAGCAGAUCUAAAAGAGUGUUGAGUGUGAAACACAUGUAGUUAAAUUUAUUUCGAGAUUAUUUGUUAAUACGUGCGCUUGCAUGUGUCAACAUGCCCUGUCUGUAUAUGUCUCCAUACAAAUGAAACUACCACUAUUUGAAUUAUAUCGUAUGAAUGAGUGAUGUAUGCUAUGUAUACCGAAAUAUUUACAUAAUCAGCUAUAUAUCAUAUUUUUAAAUUUUUAGAAAAGUUUAUUAUUGUACCGAAAUAAUGACGUAAGUUAGUUUGUAGUUUUUAUGGUUCAUAGUCGAGGUAUUCGUAAUUUAAGCUUAUUUUUAUAAAAUUAAUAAUUUGUACAGUAGAACAGAGUACAGUUGUGAUUCGUUUGUGAUCAUCACAAGUUUCAACAGUUUUAUUAACUUUGAAACGGUUACGUGGUAUUAGUGUAAGUGCGAUUUUAUUUUACAGUGUUAUUAUUAUUUUUAUUUAAGACUUUUGAAUGGAGUAGACUGUUAUUAAAAUAGGCGUUAAUUAAAUUAUUACUAAACUAUAAUUUAUUUUAUAAACAUUAUUGUUUUUAUUUAAAACGAUUUGUUAAGUUUAAGAUUUCCUUGUAAUUAACUGGUCUUGACACUUCUUAUUCUUAUAAAAGGACUUAAUAUAUUUUUAAACUUUGUCAGUGAAGCAAAUGCAGCAUUACUACUAUAA